AUGGAGUAAGAAUCCAAUGCGUAGGUUUUAAAUGAUUAUGUUAUUAACAAAAAUAACCCAAUCGGAUCAGGACUAAAUUCAACUGUAAAUAAUUAAUUCAAAAAGGUUUUUAAAGCAAAGCAUGUGGACACAAAUAAAUAUGUAGCACUGAAAUUAUUGAGGAAAUAAACUCAUGAUAAUAAUAUUUCAAAAGAGAUGAUAUCGAAAAUCUAUUAAUAGGAAGUCUAAGCCUUAUAAUUAUGCAACUAAUUGAACAGCAAAAAUAUUGUUCGUCUUUUUUCUCAUUUUGAGAAUUGCAACGAGUAUGUGUUAGUAUUAGAAUUAUGUGAAUGUAAACAAUUAUUUAGAAUAGAAUCUUUAAUGGAAUAUCUACAAUAAAAAUCCCAUCUUAAAGAAGAAGAAGCUUUAGAUAUUUUUGGUUAAAUCUAUAGAGGACUUUCUUAGUAUUAAAUUUAUAAUAAUUAGUUUAUAAAAUUAAAAAUAUUAUCAUCGAGAUAUUAAACCCUCAAAUAUUAUGAUUAAGGACAGUGAGAUCAAAAUAAUUGAUUUUGGUUUUUGUAAACAAAUUAUAGGUGUUGAUAAUCUUAAGCAACACACAAGAUGUGGAACAUUUGGAUAUGAAGCUCCUGAAGUAAAAUUUGGGGUUUACGAGCCUGAAAAAUCAGAUAUAUACUCUUUAGGUGUUGUGUAUUAUGAAAUCCUUUAUGGCUUGUAGAAUUUCCAUUCUAAGACAGAAUUUACUUAUCCCCAAGAAUAAAAUGUUAGUGAAUAAACAACAACUCUUAUUGAUAUGAUGAUUUAAGAACAGGCUGCAAAUAGAAUUUCUUGGCAAUAAAUUGGAUAAUUCUUGGAUGCAAUUAAAAAUACAUAGAAUAUUGGAUGUCAUUAAAAAUAUUAAUUAGAUGAGAGUUUGAAGGAGAAAUAUUUUACUUUAAAAAAACUACUUUAAGAUUUAAAAAAAAUUAGAAAGGAAAUAAAAGAUUUUCCAUCUGAAAACUUGGAGCUAUUAUUAAUUAAAAAGUUGAUUUUUGAUUUUGAAUCGACGAAAUUAGAAUUUGAGAAAUAGAAAAUUGAAUUAGAACAAUAAUUAAAAAUAAUGGAAUAUGAUUUUGAAGUCAAUAUUUUGGAAUUGAAAAUAUUGCAAAAUCAUUCAUUAAGAACAAAAUUAAACAAAUUGAUAAUUGAUUUAGAAAAAGAAAGAUACAUAUCAUUAAAUGAAAAUAAGUAAGAAUGAUAAUUAUGGUUUAGAGAAUUAAAACUUAAAUUAUGCAAUGACUACUUCAUAAAACAUUAUAAUCAUCUAAAUGAAGAACUUUUCAAUGAAUAAUCUGAAAAUUUUCAAUAAAAUUUAGAAAGGGGAAUUAAAGAAUUUUUGACAAUACUUUAGAAGCCUGAGUAUAUCACAUCUGACAAUUCUUUAUAAAUAAAAUAGUUGAGAAUAAACAUCUUAAUAAUUCAAUAUUCAGAUAAAUAUUUUGUAAAAAGUAAUUGUAAAUUUUAGGAAUAAAUUAAAGAUCAUCUAUUCAAAAAUAAUUUAAUAACAAACAAAGAACUUAGUAUGGUUGAUAUUUUAGAUGAUAUAAAAAAUGAGAGUAUUGCUGAUCAAUUCGAAUAAUGCCUUGAAAAACUUAGAUUUUGA